UGAAAGAUGAAAGGCGUUUGUUGAAAAUACAAACGGGAAAAAUAAGUUUAUCUCCAAAUUUUACAGCCACUUUCUUGAUUUUUUGCGAUCAUUAUGAAUGGUCUGAAAUCCUUUUUCGGAUCUGAGGUAGAAAAGCUCCCUCGAGCGAUGAAAGACGACGGUGCAAAAAGAGGCUUAUUGUCCAAGUCAAGUCAGAACGGGCAAAAUGACAAGCCAAGCUUACGACAUACUCUUUCUCUUACUUUUCUCUUUGUGGUGGUAAAUAUGAUCUUAAGAGUGAAAAAUGCUUCGUAUUUAAGAAAGAGUCGACUUCAUGUUUUCUUCCUCUGGUUACAGUCUUUGAUGAUUUUAGUAUUUCUGUGGAUAUCGAGGAAGAGAAGACGAUGGAGUUUUAUUUAUCAGACGAGACAUCUUAAAGCUCUUCCAGUCCUUUGUUGCUAUGUUAUCCACAUAUCAAUAAAUGAAUAUUAUUCUAAUGGCUACAAAAACACAUCAGGUGGACCAGAAGUGCUACAGCUUGGCCUGGCUUCUAGUCCACUGAUGAUGAUCCUUUCCUAUAUCUGGUUCCAUGAAAAAGCACAUGCAAGCUUGGUUACUGUAUUUGUCACACUUGUUUCACUUAUACUAGUUGUCCUAUACUGUUCAGAAAAUGAUCCAUAUAUACCUUUUCAAUUUACUUUUUCGCAUGGAAUAUUUGGUUUGAUUCAUGGCUUAUCGCUCGCUAUAUUUGUGCUGACCUCCAAGAACUACUUAACUGUCCAAGAGAUGUCGGUUUCUCAGCUUAUCCAUUCCAUUAACAUCGGCUGUGUCCUGUUCUUACCGUUUGUGAUCUUGUUCAAUGGAGAGAUUGACCUCCUUAUUGCUAAUGGCCUCUCCUCUCAUGGUGGCUUCUAUAAUGUUUUCCUCACAGCUUUAAUUUUGGCUUUGCUUAGAAUAUUUGACCAGAUUGCAAGCUUCUACCAUAUUAAGAAUGUUUCCAGCCUUCUUCACAUUCCUGCUCGGAACUUUGCUUGGGUACCUGCGACUUUAGCGAUUACAUUUUCCUUGAAAAUGGAGCUACUGGUGUCAACAUUCCUUGGAUUUUGGAUGGUUAGUGUAAUAUUUAUUGCCGUACUCGUUGAGAACAUUACAGAAAUUAAUUCUUGAUUAUUUAAUCGAGUUAGUAUGACAGUUAAUAUAUAUAUUUUAGCUAGCCUAAGGAUAUUAAUUUUGCAAAAUUUUUGUCAACUAAGUUACAAAUUAAUUUGAUUCAUCAAUCAAUUAAUUAAUUAACUUAGUACAAGUCUAUUUA